AUGAAAAGCAGUCGCACUACGAAUGACAGCUCAACGUCAUGUAAACUGCAGCAAAAGUGUAGCAUCUCGCGCAAAUUUGGUGCAAUUGUUGGGCUCCAGUUUCUAGUAGACGCUGCUUUUGGUGUCAUGAGUCCGAUUAUCUCUAUUGUCAUGACCGAAUAUUUUGCUAGAUUACAUCGAAAUGGGUUGUCAAUUGACUGUGGAACUAAUCCACAUGAGAAAGCUUGUAUUAAAGGAUCACAAGAGGCUGCAUGGGUAUCAAGCCUUUUUUCUGCUUUAGGAUCUGUGCUCAACUUUGUGUUGGCCCCAAUGCUUGGUCAAGCUUCAGAUGUCUACGGACGCAAGCCAUUUCUAGUGCUAAGCCAGCUUGUCAGGGUUGGAACGCCAUUCUCCGUCAUGUACUUUAUGCAGUUAGGGGGUUCCAUUGCUCCUUACUUGGUAUUGAGACUGAUUGAUUAUGGAUUUGGGACUGCUGGAGUUAUGAACGGUGCUGUCGCUGAUGUUGUAAGACCCGAAAAUCGAGCGGCAGCGUUUGGCGUUUUGCUCGCGAGUCUUUCAGUUGGUUAUUGCGUCAGUGCUUUUAUCGCACCAUUCUUCUCUCGAGAUCAUAUUUUGCAAAUUGCUGCUGUUUUGUUCGUGUUACGAGUUGCCUGGGCGAUGAUUAUCUUGCCUGAGACCUUACCAUUCCAAGCACGUAUGAAGAAAACGCGCUGGGUCAUGGAAAACCCCAUCAGCGUUAUGUCGAUCCUCUUCCGAAACAAGUUGUUCCUGCGACUGACGUGCCUGAUUGUUCUUACAAGCUUUGCUACGAGCGGAAUGUCUCAGAUUCAGCUCUUCUACCUGAAUACUAUCGUGGGAUUUGACGUGAAAGAUUUUGGUAACUUGAUGCUUCUUUGGGUCGUCUUGGCGUUGCUGGUGCAAGGUCUGUUGCUCAAGCCUCUGAUAACCUGCUUCAAAGAGAAAGGUGUGAUCAUUAUUGCGACAAUCGCCAGCUUUGUGAAGACGGUUGGCUACAUUGGAACGGCAUUUUACCCCCAAAAAUGGGUAGUCUACGCUUUGUGUGUGCCUGGAAGCCUCAACGACCUGUCAUUCCCCGCGAUUGCAGCUCUCAAGUCGAUGAACGUGUCGGAAAAAGAGCAAGGACGUUUACAAGGCGCAAUUUACGGUGCUCGAUCAGUUUUUGAUGCGCUUGGACCCGUCAUUUUCUCUUCAUUGUAUGCUGCUAUGACGCAGCAAUCCGUGGUGUCCCAGGCACUCCCGUACUUUGUGGCUUCGUCCAUCAUUUUUGUCGGGAUCGGGGUGGCUAUGUCAUUGCCAGUCGGUAGACCUUCAUUUUCUUGGAAUAUCAUUGCUGCCACUGCGCCUGUUCCAUCCGAGACAUGCGGUGAUACGCCAUCUUCGUCCUCCGUCUACUUUGAGACUGACGAUGAUGAAGUAGACGAAGAUGAAGAGCAUGCAAGUGAUACAAAGAACGGUGAUGAUGACACAUAUCUAGUCGAGCCAUUACUGAAAAACAGCUCAACGACAGGAUAUGCUCACACUGAACGACGUUUGGAAUAG